AUGCAACCCCUCCCGCAGGUCCUGGUCGAUAACGCAACAGACCCCCUCAGCCCCGGCGCAGACUGCACGUCCCCCGCCGCCGCCCCCGGCCCCGGCGCCAGCUGCUGCUGCUGCUCGUACACAAACGAGGCGUCCCGCCGCGUCGCCGACGUGCGCGCCGGCGCGGCGGCCCGUAUCGACUGGGCCUCCACCUGCCUGGCAGGCCACGGGCUGUGUCUGUUGCUGGAGGUCGAAUUUGACCCCAUUGAAGGACACGGCACCAACAAGGCUGCCGGGAGCGGCGGCGGUGGCGCCAAGGAUCGUGGCGGCGGGCAGGGGCCUGGGCUGGAGCGCCGCUCGCUGCUCUUUGACGCGGGGCCGAGCGGGGAGCUGCUGCGCUGCAACGCGCGCCGCUGGGGCCGCGGGCUGGACCUGGGGGCAGUGGGGGCGGUGGUGCUGUCGCACUGGCAUGUGGACCACUCCGGCGGCCUGCCUGCCGCCCUGGAUCUCAUCGGAGCGGCGCGCGGCGCACGGGCGGCGGGCGGCGCUGGGGCGGGCGGCGUCCACGGCGGCGGCGGCGAGGCGCCGGCGCCGCAGCCGCGGGCCCCCGUGCGGGUGGUGCUGGAUGUGCACCCGCGGCGCCCCUGGUGCCGCGGGCUGAAGCUGCAGCCGGGCGAUGAGAUCAUCCCCUUCAAUCAGGACCCAGACCCGGCCCAGCUCGCGGUCGACCACGCGUGGCUGGACGUGGCGCCCGCGGCCGCGCCGCACACCCUGCUGGACGGCUGCUUCGGGGUGUCUGGCUUCAUCCCCCGCGUGACGCCCUACGAGGAGGGCAACCCGGCGCACGCAUCUCAGUGGGAGGAAGGUGGGCCCUGGGAGGACGACCCCCUUAUUGAAGACGAGCGGGCGCUCGUCGUCGACCUAGCAGGCAAGGGUCCCGUCGUGUUCAGCGCCUGCUCCCACGCCGGCAUCGUCAACGUGGCGCGCUGGGCGGAGGCGGCGCUUGGGCGGCCGCCCUACGCCAGCUUUGGCGGCCUGCACCUGGCUCCCCGCGACUGCCUCGCGCGCGUCGCCCCGACCGCGCGCCACCUGGCGGCCCAGCGCCCCCCGCUGUCGCUGCUCGCCGCGGGCCACUGCACCGGGUGGCGGGCGCAGGCGGCGCUGCAGGCGGCGCUGCCGGGGCGCUGCAUGCCGCUGAGCGUGGGGGCGACGUUCGAGCUGAGCUCAGAGUAA